AUGGCAUGGAGAAGUUCAUCCGGAGCUUCCUGUGACUUAAUCCACUUUUUGAAGAGAAGUGUUGCAUGGAGUAGCAUAGACAAACUCCGUUUUUUUGUUAUAAUUUAGAUAAUGUCUUCUUCAUACGCUAACCGGCGCCCACUACGCAGCAGUUAAGCUGACAGUUGAGCACCAUGCUCGGUCUGAGGAAUGCGGGAGUCCUCGGCGCCUCCGCCGUUCUUGCAGGCGGAGUCGCUUAUCUUAUUUGGAGCUACGGUUCAUCCCGCAAGGAGAAGAAGCUCGAAACUCGACCGGGAGAGGAUGGCAGAAACGGCAGGGAGGAGGUGGAGGUGGGAAAGGAGAAGGAAGCUCCGGUUGAAGAAACUGUUGUUCCCGCUAAGGCUGCGACAACAGCAGCGGCCCGUCCUGUGGAGUCAGAGGGAACCCAGGUUCUGGUCCUGGGUCUGGACGGAGCCGGGAAAACGAGCCUGCUGCACUGUUUUUCCAGCGGCAGUCUGGAGCAGGACGUGGAGCCGACGCAGGGCCUUAACGCCAUCUCCAUCAGCAAAGAUGACAUGGACGUCGAGUUUCUAGAAAUCGGCGGUGGGGAGAAUCUGCGGCCGUACUGGCAGAAGUACACGCCCAAAGCUCUGCUGCUGGUGUUUGUGGUCGACUCCGCCAACCCAGAGCUUUUUCCAGUCACCAAGAAACAUUUACACGAUCUGCUGGUCCUUCACCCCCACCUGCCUUUAAUGGUGCUGGCCAACAAACAGGAUCUUCCCACAUCCUGUAACAUCACUGACCUCCAUGACGCUCUGUCCCUGUCUGAAGCCGGGGACCGCCGGCUGUUCCUCAUCGGUACCCAUGUGAGGAAGGGCGACUCGGAGCUCUGCUCAGGGGUCCAGGAUGCUCGGGACCUGAUCUUCCAGAUGGUUUCUGGAGACAGAUAAAUUAUGGAGGUUUAGAAAUGAUGCAGUGUUGCUGAGCCAAUGCAACAAAUCCUUUAUUUUUUUCAUUUGCAUUCUUAUUUAAAGAAAUGGGAGGACAUCAAAGGUUUUAAGUUCAUGGCGAUUUUGUUACAAGCUUUAGGUGUUUUAAAGCUUUAAAACAUUUAUUGUUAAUUAAUGUGCUUUAAGAAAAGAAUAAAUAACAGACAGAAAAAUAAACCCAUUAAAGUCUCUUGGAGGGAAAUAGUAAGUCUGCACUUUUCAUGUGAGUAACAAAAUUAUAUUUGGUUAUUGGUCAAGUUUAGAGCAGUUACGUUUUUCAGCCACUUGGAGCCGCCAAUGAGCUGAUUCAUUUAUAUUUAAACUUUUCUGUUAAUUUCAAAUUAAAAACCUGCAGCAGAAACACUACACACUGUUUUAUUUUACUGUGCAAAAACAGUUUUCUGUUCUAAAUGUUUAUUUUGAUCGUAAGUUGACAGGAUUUCUUUUUUUUAAGCUGUUAAGCAGGUGGAUGUUUUUAUUUUACCCAUUUCAUUUUCUGUUUCUUUUCCUUUCUUUAUUAAAUCUGUGGAAAUCUGUUUAGUUCACUUGGCUUACAAAUGUUUCAUAAAGCUGAGCAAAACUAAAAGUCUCAAUAAAAAAAGACAAUUAUUUGUUCAA